AUGUUCGCCGCCCGGACCUGUGCUGCCUCGUCGCGGCAGCUGCUGCGCACCCAGGUUCCUCGCCGAUUCGGCUCCUCUCACGCCCACGCCGAGCCUGUGAACGAAAGCUUGGGCCGCAGCUUCUACAUCACCGUCGGCAGCUUCGCCUCCGCAUACCUCCUGUACCGCUUCACCACGGCCCAGAAGGAGUCCGGCUCCGAUUCGUUUAUCUCCGACCUCAUUGCCAAGUGGACCCCCUCGCAAGAGACCUUUGAGCAGCGUAACGCUAUUCGCACCGCUAUUCUGGAGAAGGCCGCUGAGGACCGCCACUUGCUCCAGAGUGAAGGACCUCGCGAGUUCGUUCCCAUGAGACAGAACGAUAUGAUGAACUCUAUCCCUAUCAUCAACGUUGCUCCCGGCUCCCAGGCCGACCUGAGCAAGGUCGUUGCCUACUACGAGCGCGAGAACAAGGCGGCUGAGGAGGCCCGGGUCGCUCGGAUGAAGGAUGGCGAGGUCGACUAUCUCUACAAAUAA